CCUCCUUCGUGCCUUUUCGUAUUUAAUACAAAUCAUUUUUGCAUAAAAAACUGAUGAAGUAAAUUUUUUAUUGUUAAAUUCCCAUAACAUUACGAGCAAUAUUUACUCAUUUUUUGUGUCAUUGCAAAAACCCUGGAGCAUAAAAGAAAAACAUCUUGUAAUUUUCACUCCGGCCUGUCGAGGGCAGUACUGUCACCCUCGGAAAUAACCGGUAACAAAAUGUUCUCAAGGAAUUUGACCAGAAUGUAAACAGCGCUGAGGUCUGAGCUAUCACUUUUGGGUUAUUUCGGUGCUGUUGCCACUGAAUUACUGGCAGCUAUGGUUUCGAGAUAAAUACCUCGAGUGGACAUGGCUCUCUUAUAUUGAUUCGUAUUUACCGUCUCCUUGUUGUUGUUGUUCGAGACAUUGAAGAUUCAUUAUGACCAAGGACAUCGUUGUUGGAGAUGAAUUACCCGACUGGGUUGGGGCCAAGGAGUUUUACCAGAAGUAUGACCCCAAGGAGGUGAUUGGCAGGGGUGUUAGCAGUGUGGUGCGCAGAUGUGUUCACCGACACACUGGCCAAGAGUUGGCAGUGAAAAUCAUUGAGAUCACAGCGGAGAAGAUGACAGCCCAGCAGCUGGAGGAGGUGAAAACCUCCACCCUGAAAGAGAUCCAAGUUCUCAACAUGGUGAAGGGACACUCCUCCAUCAUCACUCUUAUUGAUUCCUAUGAGUCCACAACGUUCAUCUUUCUGGUGUUCGACCUAAUGAGACGAGGAGAGCUGUUUGACUACCUCACAGAAAAAGUGACUUUGAGUGAGAAGGAGACCAGGUCCAUAAUGCGAGCUCUGCUGGAGGCUGUGCAGUACCUCCACUCCUUGAACAUUGUCCACCGAGACUUGAAACCCGAGAACAUUCUCCUGGAUGAUUAUGGCCACAUCAAACUUUCCGACUUCGGUUUCUCCGUGCAGCUACAACCUGGAGAGAAGCUCAGAGAGCUUUGUGGAACGCCUGGUUAUUUGGCCCCUGAAAUACUGAAAUGUUCCAUGGAUGAAAUGCACCCAGGCUACGGCAAGGAGGUUGACCUCUGGGCGUGUGGCGUCAUCUUCUUCACCCUGCUUGCUGGGUCGCCGCCAUUCUGGCACCGCAAACAGAUGCUGAUGCUGAGGAUGAUCAUGGAGGGCCGCUAUCAGUUCGGCUCCCCGGAGUGGGACGACAGGUCUGACACUGUGAAAGAUCUGAUAUCCAGGCUGCUGGUGGUGGAGCCGUGUGUCCGGCUCACUGCAGAGCAGGCCUUAUUACACCCCUUCUUCAGACUGUACCAGAGGGAGGAUGUCCGCCUCUUCAGUCCCAGAAAAACGUUUAGGGUUCUGAUAGUAAGCGUCCUCGCCUGCAUCAGGAUUUAUGGCCGCUACCGAAGGGCUCGGCCACUCACCCGGGACGUGCUGGCCAGAGAUCCUUACUCUCUCCGGGGCGUCCGCAAGCUCAUCGACGGCUGCGCCUUCCGCAUCUACGGCCACUGGGUGAAGAAAGGGGAGCAACAGAACCGAGCGGCCCUCUUUCAGAACACAGCCAAGAUCGUCCUGCUGGGUUUGGAGGACUUUGAAACCUAAUAAGAGGUCAACUUCAUUCCUGUCCAUGUUACUUUUUUUUGUUUUAUUUAACCCCUGUGCACGGGCCGGCAGGCCAAUGUUCGUCGUGUCGAGUUACUGUUUAAUUCUUUGAUUUGUAAUUCAGGGAACAGCGCGCUGGUGUGCCUUCAUGCACAAAGUGAAGAUGCAUGCAUGACUCGAUAUUCCCUUUUUUCUGUGUGCGUAUUCAAGGUUGUGACAAUUUGGAACUCUUCCAGUCUUGUCAUCAUCCUGUUUGCAGUGCACUUUAUAGUGGAGGGCACAUGGUCGCACAAUCAUCUGAUUGAAUUAAUAACUGCUAAUGUGUUAGAUUUGACCUGCUAAUGGUUCGCUUCAGUUGAGGAGAAUAUGCAUUUCCUAGCGCUACACGAGUGAAGUGGAAAUCAAAGCACUGUGAUUAGUUAUUUUGAGUCUUUGAUGCUAUAUUAAAGCUUAGAUUUACAGAUAUUCCAGUAUUACACUUCAGUACUGUAGGGCCUGUGUGAAACAGUUAUGGUAACUUGAGUGUUUUUAUGUGUAAUCCUGCCCUGCAUGUAAACAUUCAUCCCUGACUGUGAACACACCAUUCCCCACUCAUUUCAGUUGUCAGUCUACUAAGAAGCAUUUUUCCUUUUUUUUUAAGUGCCUGCUUCAGAGAUGUACGUUGUUGUACAAGCGCAGAUAACCAUAAAACUGUUUGUGCAGAGAAAGCUUUUAUUGACAAUAAAACAAACGUUUGAAUUGUCUCA